GAAGGACUGGUGUCGGUACUGGCCCCGGCCUCCCAGCAAGAUGAUGGAGAUCGGCGCAUACUGCGUGACGCUGCAGAACGUGUCCAAGAUCGGGAUCAUCUGACGUCAUACGCCGUCAGUCUCAACAUGGAGCACCGCUCUGAUGGGUCACGUGAUCUGCGAGUGCUUCACUUCGAGGGGUGGGAGGGUGACCUACCCGCCAGCACGUCCGAGCUGCUGCACUUAAUCGACACACUUGAAAGUACCCGGGCACACUUCACGGGUAGCCCUGUCGUCAUUCAGUGCAUUGACGGUUCGUCCAAAAGCGGUUUAUUCUGCGCACUGUGUGACGUCAUCAGCCGCGUGACACAUGACAAGGAGGUUGACGUCUAUUUGACGAUCCGAGAGCUGCACAACGUCAGACCCCAAGCCGUGACGUCAGUGGUCCAGUAUCGCUACUGCUACGAAGUGGCACAGCGCCGAGUGAAAAACCUCAUCAUGCAGACCAGCACAGCAUUGGGCACUAACAUGUAGAGAAACAGGACACACAGGAUUGCCUUGUAGAGCAGCAGGACACACAGGAUUGCCUUGUAGAGCAAAAAGACACACAGGAUUGCCUUGUAGAGCAACAGGACAUUGAGAACUUCCAUGUAGAGCAACAGUACACAGAAGAAUGCCUUGUAGACUAAAACAAUAUUGAGGACUUCCAUGUAGAGUAACAGGACACAGAAGAAUGCCUUGUAGACCAACACUUCCAUGUAGACCAACAGGACAUCGAAGACCACUGUGUCGACCAACAGGACACUAAUGGCCACCAUGUGCUGCCAUAUAAAUCAGCCCGACACUGAAGACUGACACAAACAAUAUGAAGGUGGAAACAACAUUUCUUGCGAUAGUUUUAAGCCUAAUACAAGAGACUACUACAAGGUGAUGUUACUCUGUGUCUAAAUUACCCCGAAAAUAGUUCCCAGGGAUUUUCUCCACCAGUCACCACAAUGUUGCUUUAUCUGUGUGUUUUCCGGAAUGUAGUUCCUAGGAAUUGUCUGUUUGAUGACUCGACCCUUAGUCUUGACAUAGUCUCUCCUGCCGUCUGUACUACGUGUGCAGGGCAAGGAAAGUAGUGCAUGUCCUUGUUGUUCGGUUGAUAGUUGUUUGUGUCAUUUAAUAUUAAUAUUUGUAAAGAGCCCUGUUAAAACACUUUUUUUUGAGUGAAGUGGCUGCAAAUCGUUCGCCAUUAGCAAAGAACUUGAAGGCGACAGGUCAAGUACUUGCUUUUAAAUUCUGUUGUAUAUUUUGUAAGAGCACAUGUAUUAAUGCGCUUAACCAGAUUUUCUCAAUAUAUUGCUGACAUGUCAUGCUCGUGACAAAGGAACAAUGGCAAACUAACGCUUUCUUUCUUUAGUAACAGAAGAAGAAAUGAAAUUGUUCCGUCUUUCAUUGAGUAGACUCUAAUUAAUGAAUAACUUCUGACUUAUGCUCAGCAAGAUGACACAUUGAUCAUGCUGUAAACAGGUUUUGUUUAUUUCUGACCAUUAGUAAGUUGUUAGAAACCUCACUUUUUUUCGGGACGAAAUUUUCCUCUUCCCUUGCUUUACCUUCCCUCAAACCUUUUUGGAGUCGGGGACACAUUCCCGUCAGUUGAGUCGGCUGUGGAAAGUGAGCUAUUACACGGGUAUCGAACCGGUGCGCCCCUCAGAGCAAACGCCAGCUAUCUUAAAACAACAAAGAAACAAACAAACAAACAAACUGGUGUGUCUCUCAUUUAACAGGUGUGGCUUGGCCACACUCGCCGUGCUGACUCGCUAACUUCAUGUUAGCCUCGUGUGGCAGUCUGUACGUGCACGUUUACACAUUUGCUUGUGUGUAUGUAAAACAGCCAACCCGAAGACAUCUAUCUGUUCUUUUUUAAAAUUUAUAAAUUGUAAACAUAUCGAACAUUUGAGCAAUAUUUUUAUGCUGGUAAUAUAUGGACAUACAAAUGUGAUUGUGUUUGUAUAUAUACUCUUUUCGUACAAAAGUAUUCUUACACAGAUUUAUUUCCUCUCUCAUCAUGGGGUCUCAUUCUCAUCAUCAUGUAUAAUAUUUAGUGAUAACGUGUUUAGCAGAGAAAGUUCAUCCUUGUUGGUAUUAGCGAUGACAUGUUCAAGAGGACCCGGUGACUGUUUGUCGUUGUUGAGAUUCUAACCGUUGCAGUGGCCGCCACGUGACGUGUUGCAGACUACUUCGUGUUGAGGAUGUAGACUGAUGUUGUUGUUGUUGUGACCCUACUGCAUGUAUGUGCUGUUGGGGAGUUUGUGAACCAUUGUGGUCGCUUUUUGUCUUCACUUUUUGUGAUCAUUUACCUCAUUAAAUUGGAAGAUCGAAACAUUGAUGAUAUUUGGGGAAGUGGUGAAUGUUUAGUGUUCCACAGAGAGCGUGCUUAGGUUCUGGAGCCGGAACACAUUAGA